AUGAAGUUCCUUAUUCUUGCGGCUCUUUGCGCCUCAGUUUCGGCAUUCGCCAUUUUGGAUGGUUAGUUUUGAUCUUCUUUUUCAAAAUUCUCAGAAACAUAUUUGAAAUUUUCUAGAGAACAUCUCAUCUUUGUCUGGUCAAGCUCUCGUCGAUUAUGUCAAUUCAGUUCAAACAAUGUUCAAAGCUGUUCACAGCGAUGAAGAUACUGAACAAGUUAUGCGAAGCCGUGUUAUGAAUGUCAAAUAUGCCGCUGAACACUCUCCAGAAAUCCGUGCCACCGAAAAGAAUGUCGAAGUUCUCGCUAGCAUCCCAUCAUCUUUCGAUUCCCGAACCAAAUGGUCUGAGUGCAGUUCAAUCAAGGCUGUCAGAGAUCAAGCAACUUGUGGAUCAUGCUGGGCUUUUGGAGCUGCUGAAACAAUCUCUGAUCGUAUUUGCAUUGAAUCAUCUGGAAAAGAACAACCAACAAUCUCAGCUGAUGAUAUUUUGGCUUGUUGUGGAUCAUCUUGUGGAAAUGGAUGUGAUGGUGGAUAUCCAAUUGCUGCUAUCAGAUGGUAUGUUAAGACUGGAGUUGUAACUGGAGGAGGAUACGAAGGAUCUGGCUGCAAACCAUAUCCAUUUGCUCCAUGCACAAAGAGCCCAUGCACUGAAUCAAAAACUCCAUCAUGCUCUUUGAGUUGUCAAUCCAGUUAUCAUACCGCUUAUUCCAAGGAUAAACAUUUCGGAUCAACCGCUUAUGCCGUUUCCAAAUCAGUUUCAGCCAUUCAAACUGAAAUCUACAAUCACGGACCAGUCGAAGCUGCCUUCACAGUCUAUGAAGAUUUCUACAAAUACAGCAGCGGAGUUUAUAAACACACAUCUGGAAAAGAACUCGGAGGACAUGCCAUCAAAAUUAUUGGAUGGGGAACUGAAUCAGGAUCUGAUUAUUGGCUUGUUGCCAACUCAUGGGGAACUUCGUGGGGAGAGAAAGGAUUCUUCAAGAUUUUGAGAGGAGUCAAUGAAUGUGGAAUUGAAGGAGCUGUUGUUGCCGGAACCGCCAAAGUCUAA